UUUAAAAUAAUUUUUGUUUAUUUUUUGAAAAAAUCUUUUUUUUAUGUUCCUCUUUUUGUCUAUUGUUUUUUGUGUUAUUUUUUAUUUAAAUUUUAUUGUUCCAUUCUUCUGGACGCGCCACUUUUUUUGUAUUUAUUUAUUAUAUAAUUGUUAGUAAUAAUCUCUUAAGUAUUGGUUGGUUAUGCAAUGCCUUUAAGCGGUCCAGUUUUAUCUCAUUCACGUUUUGAACAAACUAAGAGAAUUCGAAGUGAAUUUCCCGAAACUUGGAUUUGGACAGAUUCUAGCUUCACAACAAAUGAAAGUGGAGAAGCCGUUUAUGAAACAACAGUACCAGAUACUAUAACCUCUUGGAUUUGUUCAGCAUUUGCAAUUAAUGAAGAAAAUGGACUUGGACUAGCACCUUCACAACUUAAAUUGCGCGUGUUUCGCCCAUUUUUUCUUCGCUUGGAAUUACCAUAUUCUGUAAAAAGAGGAGAGAAAAUGGCUUUACAAGUGCUUAUAUUUAAUUAUUUGGAAACUGAACAAGAAGUAACAGUUACUUUAAAGCCAAAUCCAGGCUUUGAACUACUUCAAAAAGACGGCUCACCAUUAAGACCACCUCGGCAAGAUUUAAAACAAAACAACGGAAAUACCAAAACAAAUACUGUUUUGUAUAGUAGAUCACUUUCUGUGCCUGGAGGGGGUGGCACUAGAGCUGUUUAUUUUCCUUUAAAGUUUACUGAAAUUGGACAGAUACGUCUUUCCUUGCAAGGACGUGCUGAACAGGCAAAUGAUGCAAUUGAACAAACUUUGUUGGUCGAACCAGAAGGAUAUAGAGUUGAUAGAAAUAUACCUUUAGUUAUUGAUCUAAGUCAAACAACAGAAUUAACAACAACGACAGAAACAAAUGAACAACAAAAUAUUCAAACACCCGAACUACAACAACAACAAUCCCCACAAUUUCAUCAAAUUUUAGAAAUGGAAUUCCCUGCUGAUUAUGUUACUGGCUCGAGGAAGGCUCGUUUUGAAUUAAUUGGAGAUAUAAUGGGUCCUGUUUUAGCUAAUCUUGAUUCUCUUGUUCGAAUGCCUUAUGGUUGUGGUGAACAAAAUAUGGUUACGCUAGUUCCAAAUAUCGUUGUUUUGAGUUAUUUACGAGCUACACAACGUUCAACUCCACAAAUGGAAUUAAAAAUCAAAAAAUAUAUGGAAACGGGAUAUCAGAGAGAAUUAACCUAUAGACAUUCUGAUAAUUCAUUUUCUGCUUUUGGAGAGCAUGAUCCUCAUGGCUCAACAUGGUUAACUGCUUUUGUAGUUAGUUCGUUUAAGCAGGCACAAACGUUUAUUUAUGUUGACGAUAAAGUUUUGGAGGAUUCAAUAGCCUUUUUAAUUGCCCAACAACAAGAAAGUGGCGCUUUUAUGGAGCGUGGGGAAGUUCUCCAUAAAGCAAUGCAGGGAGGGGCAGCUGAGGGUGGUUAUUCUUUAACUGCUUAUGUUUUGAUUGUUUUAUUACAAAAUCAUGUUCAAAAUAAAGUAACAGAAAAGGCUAAAAUUUAUUUGGAAUCAAAAUUGGAAGAACAAAAAGAUAAUUCUUAUGCUUUAGCUAUUUCUUGUUAUUCUUUACAUUUGGCUAAUAGUGAAAAGAAAACAGAUUGUUUAAAAUUAUUAGAAUUAAAUAAAAUUACUUCAAAUGACGGAAAUGUUCAUUGGUCUGGAAUUAAAAAAGAAAAGUCUUCUCAACAAAAAAGUAGUGGGCAACCUGUUGAUAUUGAAACUACCUCUUAUGCUUUAUUAACUUAUAUGUUAAUUGAUGAUAAAAUAAAAGCUUUGCCAAUUGUUAAAUGGCUAACAUCACAAAGAAAUUCUCUCGGAGGGUUUUCUAGUACACAAGACACGGUUAUGGCUUUACAAGCUUUGGGGAAAUAUGCAGAACGUUCUUAUGGGGCUGCUUUUAAUGUAACAAUAAAAAUUCAGAAUGGGGCUGAUUCACAUACUUUUAAUAUAAAUCCACAAAAUUCUUUGGUUUUACAAAGUUAUGAAUUGUCAAAUUUGGAUUCGCCAGUUGAAAUUGAAGCUUUUGGUUCAUCAUUAGCAUUUAUUCAAUUGCAAUAUUUUUAUUAUCGUUUGCCUUCACAAAAAGACGAAUUAUCUUUUUAUUGUGAAAAUGAUUUAAAAGAACAAAGAAACGGCCAAAGACUUUUAUUGGAUUUGUGCUGUAAUUAUACACGUUCUGGGGGACGUUCAAAUAUGGCUGUAGCUGAAAUACAAGCCUUGAGUGGAUUUAAAUUUGAUGAAGAAGAAAUUGGGAAAUUAACUGGAAUUGGGGAUUUACAAAGAGUGGAAUUGGAGAAGGAUGAUACUAAAGCUAAUAUUUAUUUUAAUUCUUUAAGUGAUGUCCCUGUCUGUUUAACCCUUUCCAGUGAUUUAGUUUAUCAGGUAGCAGAACAAAAACCUGCACAAUAUUUACUCUACGACUAUUACCAACCUGAUUUACAAUUAAAGUCGAGUUAUGGAGGAAAUCAGGCAUUUAAAUUUUCUUUAAAAUUAUUUCAAAAUUCUCUUAGCAACAGCCAACAAUCCGUUCCCUCGAAGAUACUUGUUCAGAAUGUUGGCCAGACCCCGCAGCAUUACAAUCAUCUUCUACAUCAACAAAAACUUCAAAUAAUUCAACAACUUCCUCGCCAGGUUUAUUUUCAAUGACUGCAUUGUUGGCUUGUUUUUCUUCUUUGCUCACUUAUAUUUUUUGCUGUUAUUGUUUUUGAAUAAAAACUUUUAAAUAAAAAUAUUUAACUACUCAUUGCUCUCUCUUUUGCUGUGCUUUUAUUUUUCUAUUAAAAUUUUUAUUUUUAGCAUUUCCGGUUCCCCCGAUUUUCUUUAAAAUUUAAUUUAUUUUUAAAAUUUAAUUUUGAAGAAAAUUUUUUUUUAAUUAAAUAAAAAUUAAUAUAUUAAAUUCUUUUUUUUUCUUGUUUUUAUAAUGAGGGUAGAUAAGAAUUUUUAUUUUUUAAAACUUUCUUUAUUCAUUUUUUACUCGGCUCUCAUUAUCUUAGAAUUUAUACAUAUUUUAGGUCUCAACUUGCAAUCUUUUUUAAUAAUA